AAAUAGUGUCGAUCACCGCAGACACACCUCCUUCCCUCCCUCUCUCUCUCAAAUUUUUUUUGCCUCCGACGGCAAGCACCACAAGCGCAAGCCCUCGCUUCCUUGACCUCACUCUUUCGCUCUCACUAGCUCUAACGCCGCCGUCGACUCGACGGCGCUGCCGAACCUCUACUGCGUACUGCCCCACGUCAUCACACCAAAUCAGGUUAGCAGACCCACAAGAACAGUUCGUGGGUCAGCAAAUCCAUUCCUAGGACCGAUAUUCCUCCAGCUCCCUGAACAGGAAAAAAACACAUCUUUGUGUGUAUUUAUACCAUGGUCUAAUCGGCUAUGGACGCCACCGGAGAUGCCGGCGGAGGUCGCCGCCCCAACUUCCCUUUGCAGCUUCUGGAGAAGAAGGAGGAACAGCCUUGCUCCACGUCCCCAGCAGCUGCUGUGGGUGCUGGGGCUAAUGGGUCGGGAGAGAUGCAGAUGAAGAAGGUGGCGCCGCCGAAACGCACAUCGAGCAAGGACCGGCACACGAAGGUGGACGGGCGCGGGCGGCGCAUCCGGAUGCCGGCAAUCUGCGCAGCUCGGGUGUUCCAGCUGACGAGGGAGCUGGGGCACAGGACGGACGGCGAGACAAUCGAGUGGCUGCUGCAGCAGGCGGAGCCCGCGGUGAUCGCGGCCACGGGCACCGGCACCAUCCCGGCCAACUUCACCUCGCUCAACAUUUCUCUCCGCUCCUCGGGCUCCUCCUUCUCCAUCCCAGCGCACCUCCGUGCUGCCGGUUUGCCCGGCCCACGCUUCAGCGGCGCGCGGGGAGACCCGUGGGAGCGCGUCGUGGGCCUCGGGUUCGGCGGCGCCGAGGGUCCUCCAUCUGCUACUUCGUCUCCGCUGCUGCUAAGCUUCCACUCCGGCAGCGUCGGCCUUGACGUGUCAUCACCGUCGUCGUCGUCUGCUGCCGCCAACUCCGACCUGUCGAAGAAACGGCGGUGGGAGCAAGAAAUGCAGCAGCAGCAGCAGCAAUACCAGCAGCAGAUGGCCGGGUACACGCAGAGCCAAAUGCCAGGAACCGUGUGGAUGGUGCCGAGCAGCAACGCUCAGGCCGCAGCAGCGGCUGGCGGAGGCGGCAGCAGCAACAACGAGUCGAUCUGGACGUUCCCGCCGCAACCAGGAAGCGGCGACGGCGGCGCGGCGCCCGUGUACCGCGGCGUGCCGAGUGGGCUACAUUUCAUGAAUUUCCCCGCCCCGAUGGCGCUGAUACCCGGUGGGCAGCAGCUCGGGAUCGGCCACGAAAAUGGCGGCAGCAGCAGCGGAGGCGAGGGCCACAUGGGGGUCCUCGCCGCGCUCAACGCGUACCGGGCGCAUGCCGUCACGGUGGCUGCGCCGGCGGCGCAGAACGGAGCGGAAGGCGGCUCUAGUCAGCAGCAGCAGCGUGGCGGCGGCGAGCGACAAGACAGCAUGAGCCCCAGCGACGACGACUCGUAGGUCUUCUCGGAGGCUUGUGCUGUGCAUGCACUGGUCCGCUAAGGCGUCGCUCCUGUUUUUAAUCUGCGCUUCUCUUGACUUAUCGUUUGCGUUUUCUUCGGUUUGCGUUAUUAUAGCCUUCUCUGGCUCCUUCACAUUCUAUAUAUUGCAAGCACAGAGUUCGAUUUCAUGGCAUCUGAAACAAAUUCACUCUCCAAAGUUCGUUUUGGUGUGACCAAUCGCAUCAACAGAGACGACGACGAUGGCGGGGAAUCCAUGGAAGAGAGGCUUUGGAUUUUGUUAGGGUUCGACGCGGCCACGGCAAAAGAUGGAAGAGAGAUCGACAUGGACACAGCAGCCAUUGCCCAAUGUUCAGCCAUGCAUAUGAUGAUCCUUCUUCCGGGACUAGUUAGGGGCCCGUGCGUUGCAACGGUUUCUAUAUAUCACAUUGAUAAACCUUGCUUUAAUGAGAUAACUGUUG